AUGAGUCCUCCACCUUUCCCACCAGAAAUUUAUCAAAAUAUUUUUAAACUCUUUGAUUACAAAACAUUAUACAAAUCUAUUUAUGUAUCUCGUCUUUGGUGUUUAGAAUAUGGAACUCCCGUGAUAUUAGAUUAUCAUAAUCUGGAUCAAAGUUUAAACCCAAUUUUUAUUAAAUUGGAAAAUUUUUCUCGUCUUUCGAAACUAAAAAGAUUUAGUUGUCGAGCCGACACAACUCCGGAAUUAAUUUACACAAUAAGUAAAGUUUCAAGAGAACUUUUACAAAUAGAUAUUCAACAAGGAUCUGAUGAUGAGGCAUUAUGUGCAUUAGUAAAUUCACAAAAUAAUUUACAAGAAUUUGAAAUGUCCACAUGUCUCGAAGCAAAGAAAGUGUUAACAGCAAUUUUAAAGAAAUCAAGAACUUUAAGAAAGAUAACAAUUGUGGGAGGAUCCAUGAUCUCAUUUGAUUUCUUUUUUCAAUGCCCUAAUUUAGAAGAAUUAACUUUAAAAUUUCCCAUGAAAAUUCCGGGAAGUGAAAGGAAAUGGGUUCAGUAUAACGAUUUCGAGAAUGAUUUUACUAAUUGGAACAAUAAUAAUAAUGAUGAAUAUCAUAUUCAUUUAUUAGCAGUUUUAUAUGGUCAAACUUUACAAUAUCGAAAUGUAUAUUCAUCUCAAAGAUAUGAAAGAGAGAAAUGUGAAAAUCAUCCCAUCAAACUUUUUAAACUUGAGAUUCAUAGAAGUUAUCAAAAUAUUAUAAAAAUAAUUAAUCUAAUUAAAACUUCAAAUUCCAAACUUUUAAUUCUUAAUUUAGAUUUACCAAAUCCUAAAGAUCCAGAAAAUUAUUCACAUCUUUUAUCCACAAUAAUUAAUUAUUGUCCGAAUCUCGUAAAUAUUAACCUUUACAUUCCUACACAAUCUUUAUCAUUUAUUUCAAAUUUAUUUAGAUCAGUAAUUCCACGUAAUAUUCGAUUUUUAGCAUUAGGUAUACAAACUUGGAAAUUUCAAGCGGUAGCUCUUGACAAUUUUUUACAGCAUUGUGAAAAUAGAAUAGAUAAUUUACCAUUUAAUUUUGCGAUAGAUACAAAUUGUGAGCCUGUAAAGGAAUAA